AGUGUUUGUGGUUGCAGAUAUCCCUCGGUGUGGCCUCUGUCUCUGUUGGCGUUUCGAGCCACUGCUCAGGCUCUGGCGUUUCCCAGAGAGAGCAGGGAGGGCGGCGGGGGGGCCGAGGAGUUUCAGAACAACGAGAGUCAGAGCUCUCUGCUGCGACACAUCUUCAGGAAACACGUCAAACCCAAGAAACAGCACGAGAUCCGCAAGCUGGGCGCGCUGGUGAAAGAGCUGUGUGACCAGACUGACUGCAGCAGGGUGGUGGAUGUGGGCUCAGGACAGGGUCACCUGACGCGUUUCCUGUCCUUCGGGCUCGGACUCUCUGUGACCGCUAUCGAGGCGGAUCGCGCGCUGCUCGCCAUGGCAACCAAGUUUGACGGAGAGCUGAUGGGGGUCUUAGAAAAAGAGAGGGAGAAGCAGAAAGAGAGCGGCCCCUCUCUGCUCCCAGUAUCUCAGCCUCGACAUGUGGCCGGGUGGGUAAACCCCAAGGCAUCAUGGGAGUCCUUCAUCGAACAGCUGAGCGGUACAGAAGGACCACAAACUCCAUCUGGACCCCAAACUCCAUCUGGACCCUGUAAAAAGAGACCGAGAGGCUCCGAAGAAGAGACUUCAUCAACGUCACAGCACCAGCUCAGCGAAAGGGACUCUGAAGACGAGGCCUCCAGGUGCUCGUGUGUCCAGGAGGGGGUUCGACCUCCUGAGGAAAUGCUCCGUCCAGACUUCGUCCUCACGGGGCUCCACGCCUGCGGAGACCUCAGCUCCACCCUCCUCCGGCACUUCAUCAGCUGCCCACAUGUGCGCGGCAUCACCUCGGUGGCCUGCUGCUACAUGAAGGUCUCCACCAAGGAGCACCCGUCCCCCCCGGGUCUGAUAGCGGCUCCUCACCCCUCAGGCGAAGUACAAAGCAUUUGAGUAUCUCUACUUAGUUUCUUUACAUCACUGCUGGUCAACAAUGCAGCUCUGAGGCUCAGAAUAAAACAUCCGACACACACA